UUGCCUAAUUUUCAUUGUUUUCGCUACAUUAAUAUUCGAAGCUGCGGUUGAACGAGCCGGCUGUUAUUGUUUUUCUUUUACACCAUAUAGUCGUCUUUGGCUAUACCAGGAUCCUGGGAGAUUCAUAUCGUUAAAUCAGCCGUCGUGGAACAGUAUCGACCCUGCCUAUCUAUCAGCCGGUCUGGAUCGCCUAUUCCAUUACGCCCGUCUUGCCGCCUCCGUGGAAUGGUGUGGCCAGUCAGCACCUAAUUGACGGACAGUCUUAUUGUGUGAAGCCAAUCGCGACAAACCUCUGCUAUAGCUGCCCCUACAACCCGGCCGUUAACAUGGACACUUAACCGUACUCCGAGAAAGUAAAGACGGAGAUGGUGUCUAUUCGCCUACGCUCAGACUCUCGGACUCGGCCGAGUGAUGAAUCACGGCCCAAGAGGACAGGAGGCGUAAUGGAGGCCCCGCAGCAGGACUUUCCGCCAACUACAAGUCGGAUCGCCCGCACAGAGACUGACAGCACUCGGGUUGGGCCUUCUUCGGCACCACAGUCCAAGGCUCAGCAGAGUCGAAUACCGCAAAAUGUUUCUACCCGAAAACCCUCUAGUCAGAAGCCCUCUUCGAGGCCUCCUCUGACUCACGAGACGCAGUCUUGGUCGAGUCACCCUGGACGGCCAAUGGCAAAGGCACCGACUUCUUCGGCAACUACCUCACGAGGUCAAAAUGAUUCAGGUCAGCCACCUCGGUCCGCCUUACCUCGAAAAGGUUCGGACAGGCCUCAGGAGCGACCAAGUUUGUAUACCCAGCCGCGGUCACGCUCGGGGAGAAGUGAUUCGUCGUCUUCGGUACCGAGGUCGCAAACGUCCGUAGAUACGAGUGCUCCAUACUCGGAUCGCGGUAUUACCGCCAGUCCCGUGGAGAUGCGAACCUCGCAGGGGCUCGAGUUGCCUCGAACGUCAACACAACCUGCCAGGCUCUAUCCUGAGCUAGACCGCUAUCGAGAUAUCGAUCUUCACCUACCAAGAAACGGGGCUGUUAUAGAUGUUCCGUUUAGGUUGGCCACCGAAGAUCUCCCACCGCCGACCCCGAUAUUCUCCGGAGGGAGCAGCCACAGCCAGCUUAGCACUCUUAGUGCCAGCCCUUCCACUAGGUUUUCCGAGUCGCCAGGACCCGGACCAUACAGCCGAGACACGACACCGACCUCAAUGUCGUCGCAGUCCCCUGGGCUUGUCGCGCCGUUCCGCGUUCCUAUCUCCAGAGUACGACAAGCGAGCCCAGCCGAAACGAGACCGCCGGUAACCCGGAGGAGGACCGGUAGCAUACCGAACGAAAGCGAAGCGUUUAACGCAGAUCCCCAUGGCCUUGCCGCAGUCCGAGAAGCGCUAAAUUCUUCUUCAUCGGGUUCCACUGUGCGCGCGGGAGAGGGAAAAGAAAAAGAGAAGGGGGCACGCCGGGGUUUGUCGCCGGCGCCACUAAAUCCUCCCCCAAGGAAAUCAUCCCAGAAGUUCAGGAAAGACCAGAGCCAAAACGAGCCGCUGUCAAAAGCACCCCCGCUUCCCUCCAGGACAAUAAUGAGGUCACCGUCUCCAACUAAACCGGAAUACCCAUCUCGAGAUAGAGGACAGAAGACUACCCCACCUACCUUCACGCGACCAGCGCCGCCGUCGCGACCCAGCCGAGACGGGACACCCGACUUAUAUUACCAGUUAGGCGGCCCGAUUCCUGUUAUCCAGAGCAAUCUUUCUUCGACGAGCCUUGCGGAAAGGCGUCACAGCAGCCAACUAGUAUCUAGUUCUCUGUUAAAGACUACGUCUUCCGCCCAGGAGCGGUCGGUUUUAACGAAGGCCCCUGUUGCUCGAGAACCCACGCCAGCGCCCAGAUCGGCGAUUCCGAAGACCUCCCAGACAAACAGAGCAGAAGGAAGCAGCAAACCCGCCAGAACGCCAAGCCCCGUCGCCACUUCGCUCAAAACAAGAUUUCCCCUGUUUGGGCGGCGGACUAAGACAACUCCUGAUGUAUCUCAGGUGGAAAAGAAGGAUAAGCCGGCUCGAAAGGGACCGGCGGCGGGAACAGGCCACGAAGGAUAUGGUAGAAUUGGCUUGGUCAAAAGGCGCAGUAGUAGCGCGACAAACCUACCGCGCGGGUUUUCGGGACCAGUUCCUUCUUCUGACAGCCUUGCAAGCAUGCAGUCGACCGACCCCUUUCUUCUGGAGCGAAUGAACCCGGUAAUAAUUGCUGGUGGAGAGGUGGUGGAUAAUCAAAAUAAGAGCUUUGAGUUGGCCCGUACCGAGAGCAACCAAAGCGAAUACUUUCCGAGUCGGUCGGGAAUCUCGCGCAACAGCUCGUUCCUGUCGUCAUCUUCGAGAGACGAGCCGAGACAAACGUUAUUGCCUUCUAAUAUCCCUCGCACAUCCACUCAGCUUCGUCCCUCAGAUGGGAGUGACUCCGAAGGAAUUUCGAUGAAACCCACCAUUGCGUUCCGAAGAUCAGUCCAGCGCCUUCGAUCCCCUAACCGUGCUCCUCUACAACUACCGAAGCCCAUCAUCACUGCGGGGAUGCGUUUACCGUCUGUGGAGAGCGCGGGGGCGACGAUUGUGACCGAUGAUUCUGUGCCAGAUUCUAGACCGGAGCCCGUCCGUGAGAGGGUACAGCCGAAAGCCGCACCAAGGAAACUAACCAAGCAAGCCAGAUCUCCCCGCAAAUGGAACAUAUUUGGCAGGUCCCAAAGUCAACCCUCCACGGACCAAAAGAAGAAGGUCGAGGCGAGCGUAUCUGCAGCCGUGAAACCCACCUCACGGAAGCCGGUUGCAUUCUACACGAUGAUGGACUCCUCGGAACAAGACGAGGCCGAAGAUCAAGAUGUCUGCCAAGUUUUGAGAGAGGCAGAGGUUCUCGCACCGCUUACAUCUGCAGACGGACGAGGGCAGCGGCCGUCUGUAGAUGACCACCCACCAGAGGCGUCGCAAAUUCGCCAAGCACCCCCCCAGAGGUCCUCGUUGGAAUUACCGCGAAGUACCGAACACCCUCCCAGAUCCAAGGAUAUCCCGGCGGCAACCCGACAAAAUAUAACCGCCAAACCCGCAGCUUUAGCGGUCCCUAAAGGCCGUCCAAGCAGGCUCCCCCAAGUUGGAAGGAUACCCAGAGUAGUCAAUACCCGCCCAGAACAGACCUCCCCGAAGAGCUUCUCUCGCCCCUUUAGUCGAAUCAGUAUGCAAAUACAGCCCCUUGACCUGAGCCGGGUUGACCAAGACUCAGUUGCGAAAGGCCCCAGCCCACCUAUGGUUACGUUACCAGAGCCCCCUCAGGAGGUGUUUUCAGCACCAAUUGGUGAUUCAAUUUCCCCCGCCGAACACAAUCUUCACACUGGAGAUCUAGCUGUUGAGUCUAGGAAGGAAUUCCUUGCGUUUUCGCCGCUCAAGGAUUCGGAAUGCACGACAAGCUCAAGCUCUUGCAUUUCAGAACUAACGGACCUUCCUGCUGAUGUGGCGCUGCUUGAGAUGCCGACGGCUCCGCUUAGCGAGGAUGAAAUCUGGGACGAAUAUAACGAUCUCCUGGGCGAGGUGCCGCCAUCGACUACCUCCUCCCACGGCUUCCCUUUCCCUCUGGAAACCUACCAGUCAAAGCUUGUUGGAGGGCUAAGCGAGCCGCUUGAGUCGCCUACUAUCAAUACCUACCACUCCAUUGACGUUCGUGAUUCUAUUAGGACUGGAAGGGCCGCCACCGAGUCGAGCCAUUACAGCGCCGAUAUGACGGCUAGGAUCAACGCUGCUUUUGGCUUCACUUCUGAUCCUCCUGCGACGAGGUUUCCAGCAUCGGAGUCUGCGUCUGGCCAUAACGACCGUGACAAGGGCAGUGUCAAUUUACAACAGGCUGCGCCCCUUGUUUCAACUCGGCGAGACAGCUCGUCCUCGAGCAAGAGCACCAAAACCAGGGGCUCGGAUAGUAGCCACAGCAGCGAGCACACUCCGCUUUCCCAGGUUAAUCUUCGGGUUGGUUCGAUGACGGUGAGCAAGUGGCUUACAUUUGGCCACGUGCUGUUUAGCCCAAUCCGUGAGGACCUUGCGAGCGAUGCCCACCCACUCAAGCGUAACUCGAUACUUGUCAUCGACGGACUCGGCAACGACGAUUGGUCCUUCUACGCUGCGGAGACGUACCCUGAUGCGACUUUUUUCAACUUGUCUCCGAGAGCGCCGCUACCGAAAGAGCAACAAUCCGCGCCCUCGUUUCCCCUUUCGCCGCCAAAUCAUCAUCAGAUCCAAUACGGCUCACAGCUGGACAAAUUACCCUUUGGGCCGGACAGCUUCACAUCGGUCGUAUUCCGGUUCCCUUCUGCGGCUCCAGAAUCCCACUACCGCAACAUCAUCUCAGAGGCCCGGCGUGUGCUUAAACCCGGCGGAUACAUAGAGCUGUCUAUCCUCGACUCCGACUUAAACAACAUGGGAAACCGCACUCGACGUGCUGUACGCCGUCUCAAGGAAAAGGUGAACGCGCGGCAUCCCGAUUUCAACCUCAGCAGCACUGCGGACCUCGUCCUACGCCUUCUCGGUAGGAAGGGCUUCGUCGACAUGAAGUCUUGCCGCGUCGGUGUACCUGUAGCGAGUGCGGUUACCAAAGCAUCCGGCGUCAAGGGCAAGAAAGACGAGCGAAGUCUGGCUGAGAUGAUGAAUGAUAAGACGGAGACUGGAGACGAAAACAUCACGAAGAUGGUCUCGAAAGUCGGCCGAUGGUGGUAUAAUCGGUGCUACGAGGCUUCAACGGGCAUAAAUACUAGCAUCUGGAACGACAAGUCCCUGUUGACCGAGUGCGAAGAGUGGGGGACGAGCCUCAAGUUGUUGGUAUGCCACGCGAGAAUACCUGACGCAGGAGGACGAGUGGCAAGCAUUUGAUGCUCGCCGUACGGAUGACGGCCGAGACCAUCCUGGAUCUGCGACGACUUCAUUG